AUUAUUUUGGAGUUUGCAUAUCAACAAAUCGGCGUUAGUGUUAUAUACACGGAACUGCUCCAUGUUUUCCUUUGCGAAAUUGAUGCGUUCGACGAUCAAUGAUCCAGAUGUACAGCGGAUACAAGUUUCUCUCAUCAAUGAAAUGGUUCUGUUGAACUGAAGUCACGAUUCAUUUUGAUUCUCAGGAUGACCUCAGCCUGAAAACAGGGAUUCCAGGACUAUCUUCAUCUUCAUUAAAUUAACAACUGUCACAAUGUCUUUGUCAGACAGAGAAUGGGAUGAUCUGAAGGCAUUGCUGGAUAAAACUGUGCAGAAAUUCCUUGGUUUCAGUGAGACAUCCCUGGUCACUGCAGCUCUCAACUGUAUAGAUAAGGGUUACGACAAACACAAAACUGUCGAUAAACUGCUGGUGAUCCUAGAUGAAGGUCAGGCAAAGCGCUUCGCUGACAAGUUGUUUGGAGUGUGGGACGAUUACAAAGCAUCCAACAGAAAUGCCAGGAAAAAGAGGAAGGAUGAUCGCGAUGAAGGAACAGAAACGAAGAAGAAAAGACGAUUUGUAGACGAUGGCCCCCCAGCAGCCAUACCUGGACCAGGUAAUCCAAGUCCUGGCCAGCUUACCACAGACAAGAUCAAAGAAAUGAUGCAGAAUGCUCAGAAAAUGAUUGAAGAAAGAAAAACCCAGCUGAUGGUGACCGUGCCCUCUGCUACCAAGCCAUCAAUGUCUCAGACACAGGUGCUGAUGUCGGACGCCAUGGAGAAGGCAAAGCGAGCAGCAGAGCUCCAGGCUAUGAUACAGAACAAGAUGACAAGUCUCUCCGCAGCCGGGGUUCAGCUCCCUAAUCUGAAACAGCUCCCAUUACAAAACAAACCGACGCCCCUGAUUCUGGAUGAGGAGGGAAGGACGAUCGACGCCAUGACAGGACAGGCAGUCCAGCUCCAACACCAUACCCCCACGCUCAAGGCAAAUAUCCGAGCCAAGAGAAGGGAACAGUUCAAAGGUUUGAUAGAGAAACCUCCGGAGGAAAUCAGCGAAAGUCGAUUCUUUGACUCCAGAGUGGAGGCCAAGGGUGCCCAGAGACAAAGGCGUUCCUUCAAGUUCCACGAAAUUGGCAAGUUUGAGCAAAUGGCUGGCAGGCUUCGGGCAAAGGCACAACUAGACAGAUUACAAAAUGAAAUCGCUUAUGCUGCCAAGAAGACUGGAAUCGCAUCAGCAGCAAAGUUAGCGACACUGGCUCCAAAGAAAGAACUACAAGAAGGUGAAGUCCCUGACAUGGAGUGGUGGGAUGCCUAUAUCCUCACUGGUGACAGUUAUGAAGAAGACGUCAAAAUUGAGCGCGACAUAUUGUACGGCAUCACAAACUUAGUUGAACAUCCCAUACAGAUGAAGCCACCAGCUGAACCAGAGACAGAUCCAGAGAUACCUGUUUACCUAACAAAGAAAGAGCGGAAAAAGUUAAGGCGACAAAACAGACAAGAAGCCCAAAAAGACGAACAGGAAAAAAUAAGACUUGGUUUACAACCCCCUCCAGAGCCAAAAGUAAGAAUGGCUAACCUGAUGAGAGUUCUGGGAAAUGAAGCAGUACAAGAUCCUACAAAGAUUGAGGCACAUGUUCGCGCUCAGAUGGAAAAACGUCAGAAACAACACGAGGAAACAAACGCAGCAAGAAAGUUAACGACAGAACAGAGAAAGGAAAAGAAAGCGAAGAAAAUAAAGGAGGAUGUUUCUCUUGGUGUCCAUGUUAGUGUGUACAGGAUACGAGAGUUGACCAACGCUUCCAAAAAGUUUAAGAUAGAAACCAAUGCCAAACAGCUGUAUAUGACGGGAAUUGUGGUGCUGUAUAGGGACUGUAACGCUGUCGUGGUGGAAGGAGGGCCUAAACAACAGAGAAAGUUCAAACGACUGAUGUUACAUCGUAUAAAGUGGGAGGAAGAUCAUCACAAAGGAAAGAAGAAAGACGACGAUGACAGUGAUUCUGAGGAGGAGUCUGAUAAGACAAACCGAUGUCACCUUGUUUGGGAGGGAACAACAACAAGAAGAGCGUUCAAUGAGAUGAAAUUUAAAGUGUGCCCAACAGAACUAUUUGCUCGUGAACAUUUCAAGAAGUGUGGGGUGGAACAGUACUGGGAUUUAGCUUAUCGAGGUGCAAUCAUGGAAACCACUGGUGAUGAUGACCUUUGACCUCUGUCCUAAGCUAUUCCAAUGUUUCCAGUAAGGAUUGGGAUUAUCUUCAGGACUCAACAGGAGACAGCGACCUUUGAUUGAUCUAUGAUCCCUGCCAAGAACUGGUGAUCUGAGCAGUCUGUCUGUCUGUAAAGGACAGGAACAUUGUCUGUAACCUUUGACCUUCACUUAAAGGAAGAUAAUACCUGAACUUCGACCUCUGCCAGAGACAGAUGAUCUCUACCAUGUACCAUUGGUAGUGUUUUGAUCCAAAGAUCUGGAUCAUAAAAGCGCUUAACCCUUUCAACCCUAUGUAACUUUAGUAGACUCUACCAUGCAUUGAUCUGGAUGAGUCCAUUAUGGUCUACAGUGGUGAAAGGGUUAAAUAGACUAAUCAAAAUGGAGAGAAUUGCCAUCUACAGUACUACAAAUCUGAGGCGCUUAACCCUUUCACCACUGUAGACCAUAAUAGACCCCUCCAUAUCAAUGCAUGGUAGAGUCUACUAAAGUUACAUAGGGGUGAAAGGGUUAACACUUUGAAAAUUUUGAGUGACUGCUGAACUUUGAAAAUUUCUCCAAAAAAAAUAGACACUUUUUACAAGUGAGUCGCUAAACAAGCAGUGAGUUUUGGAUGCUUGAGCUAAGAAAAUGAUAGGACGCGUUUUUGAGGAAUGAGGCAUAUAUUAGGCUAAUACAGUAUCUGGUAUUGGUGAAUGUUGUCUGUGGAGAUACAUUGACGUCAAGUGUACGGAAAUUUAUCAGGCAUAGUCCAGUAUAUCAGGUCUCUUCAUUGUUGAUACAUGACACUUCAAACCUAGAUGUUACUUACAGAAUCAGAAACCGAAAAAUCUCUGACAUUUAAAUGAAGGAGAAAACAUUGUGUCAGCAAGGGCUGUUGACCCUUUCACCCCUUUGUAACUUAAGUAAACUGUACCAUGCAUUGAUCUUGAAAAGUCCAUUAUGGUCUAUAGUGUUGAAAGAGUUAAGUGUGAUUUAUACUGGAGAAAAAUGGAAGUAGACAUUGCGAAAACUUACAGGUAAGACUGUGACAAUGCGAUAAUUUCUUCUUUUAUCAUGUCCUCAUUGGAAAUGUGUACAGUAUUCCUCUAUUUACAUGUAAUCUUGGAGCCUCAAGAGUGUUAACUGAGGUAGCAUUGUAGGUCUAAACUUGCUUCCACUGAAGGCUUUGAGAAAGAUCAAAUAAAUGUGUAUAUAUGUAUAUAUACAUCUGAGGGAGUUGUUGAACAUUUUAUUUGUAAGUCAUUACCUUGAAAUAAAAUCAUGCAAGCAAAAGAA